CCCAUUAUAGCUCUCUCCUACUCUCUCUCUCUCAUUCAUACAUGUCAAUAUGUCAUACUGCUUCAUCCCUAAAGCGUAUCAAUUGGUUGAGUUCAUCGGUUUCGUAUGAUCUAUGGAGGAUGGUGUGAUACCAAUUUACAAGCACAAGGUAAGCUACAAAAACAGUAUUUGGUGAAGUGAUCAUCAGCUCAGAUGAUCAAAACGUCUAUGUCAACAUCUUCUACAAAAACUGUAUUGACUUGACUAGAUCAUCAGAACAACGAACUCCAGGUUUUAAAUCCAUGGCCGGCGGAGCUCUUACCGACGAAGGAGUCCUAAAGAGAGCUCAUCUCUAUGAGCAUCGUAUCACUUCUUACUUCAUAUUCGCUUGCAUCGUUGGAUCCAUGGGGGGCUCUCUCUUCGGCUAUGAUCUCGGAGUCUCUGGAGGUGUUACAUCAAUGGACGAUUUCUUGAAAGAGUUCUUCCCAGGAAUUUACAAAAGAAAACAAAUGCAUUUAAACGAAACGGAUUACUGCAAAUACGACAAUCAAAUCCUCACACUCUUUACCUCGUCUCUCUAUUUCGCCGGUUUAAUUUCAACUUUUGGAGCUUCUUAUGUCACCCGAAUCUACGGCAGGAGAGGAAGCAUCCUCGUUGGCUCCGUCAGCUUCUUCCUCGGAGGAGUUAUCAAUGCUGCCGCGAAAAACAUCCCCAUGUUGAUCGUUGGUCGAAUCUUCCUUGGCAUAGGCAUUGGAUUCGGAAACCAGGCCGUUCCACUAUACCUCUCAGAGAUGGCUCCGGCGAAGAUUCGAGGAACCGUGAAUCAGCUUUUCCAGCUAACAACUUGCAUCGGCAUUUUAGUGGCUAAUUUGAUAAACUACAAAACAGAGCAAAUACAUCCAUGGGGAUGGAGACUCUCUCUCGGUCUCGCCACCGUCCCAGCUAUACUUAUGUUCCUAGGCGGACUCGUCUUGCCCGAGACACCAAACAGUCUCGUGGAGCAAGGGAAGCUCGAGAAGGCUAAAGCCGUACUGAUCAAGGUUCGUGGCACGAACAAUAUAGAAGCUGAGUUUCAAGAUCUAGUCGAAGCCAGUGAAGCUGCUAGAGCCGUGAAGAAUCCGUUUCGGAAUCUUCUUGCUCGUAGAAACAGACCGCAGCUAGUGAUCGGAGCAGUUGGGCUACCUGCGUUUCAGCAACUAACCGGAAUGAAUUCGAUUUUGUUUUAUGCUCCGGUUAUGUUUCAGAGCUUAGGGUUUGGUGGUUCCGCGUCACUUAUCUCGUCCACGAUUACAAACGCUGCGCUUGUUGUUGCCGCCAUCAUGUCUAUGUAUUCAGCUGAUAAAUUCGGAAGAAGGUUUCUUCUUCUUGAAGCUAGCGUCGAGAUGUUCUGUUACAUGGUUGUAGUAGGAGUAACACUAGCCUUUAAGUUCGUGGAAGGCAAAGAGCUACCGAAAUCGCUGGGUCUGAUUCUUGUGGUCCUAAUCUGUCUGUUUGUAUUGGCGUACGGUCGGUCAUGGGGUCCAAUGGGAUGGUUAGUGCCAAGCGAGAUUUUCCCAUUAGAGACUCGAUCGGCCGGUCAGAGCGUUGUGGUGUGCGUGAACCUUUUCUUCACGGCUCUAAUCGCGCAGUGCUUCCUCGUGUCGCUGUGCCAUCUCAAAUACGGAAUAUUCCUUGUAUUCGCCGGACUUAUAUUCGGGAUGGGGAGUUUCGUUUACUUUUUGUUGCCGGAGACGAAACAGGUUCCGAUUGAAGAAGUUUAUCUUCUAUGGAGACAGCAUUGGCUUUGGAAGAAAUAUGUCCAAGAUUCUGAUACAAAUGAUCAAUCGAUCGGUUAGUGAAUAAUUUGUAUUUAAUCGAAUUUUCUUGAAGAAGGUUUUGGAUCUUUUAAGGCUUGAAAAUUAUUUGACGAUGAGAUUUGUUUAAUGCUAUGAAUCAUUUGAUCGGAAUUUUUCUUGAUAAUUU